GGACAAAGUGUGCGAAAGGACCGCGGAGGCCUAGGGGUGAGAGGGCAGCUAGGGUUAGAGAUUGCUGGAGGCGGGGGCCCGGAGAAAGCGCGUGGCCGCAUCCUUUUCUUUCUGCUCUUUAUCUCUUUAUCCUUAGGGUUGAUAGCUGCGGGGACAGCCCGGGGCCCAGUGUAUGGCCACGGAGUUACAGCGUCCGGACUCCAUGCCCUGUCACAACCGGCAAGUAAACUCUACUUCUACCCCAAGUCCCGAGCAUCUGCGAACAGACGACCCUAUCCUGGAUCAUGCUGAAGAAAAUAACGCUGCUAUGGCUAAGCUGACUCUCCUCCCUGGGCACGCCCAUUCCAGCGUGCUCUCGGAGCGGGACUCUCAGGCCUGCUAUGGCAUUAAUCUUCACUCUGAGAACCACAGUGACAGUAGUGACAGUGGCAACUACGACGCACCUGUCGGUGACUCCCUCCUAGGGGACUGUGAACUGUCCCAACAGAUCGGGGCACAGCUUAAGCUGCUGCCUAUGAAUGAUCAGAUCCGGGAGCUGCAGACUAUCAUCCGGGACAAGACAGCCAGUAGAGGGGACUUCAUGUUUUCUGCGGAUCGUUUGAUCAGACUUGUUGUAGAAGAGGGACUGAAUCAGCUGCCAUAUAAAGAAUGCAUGGUGACCACGCCAACAGGGCACAAGUAUGAAGGAGUGAAAUUUGAGAAAGGAAAUUGUGGGGUCAGCAUAAUGAGGAGCGGUGAGGCAAUGGAACAAGGUUUACGUGACUGCUGUCGAUCCAUACGAAUUGGGAAGAUCCUGAUUCAGAGCGAUGAGGAGACACAAAGGGCCAAAGUGUACUAUGCCAAGUUCCCCCCAGACAUUUAUCGCAGAAAAGUCCUUCUGAUGUAUCCAAUUCUCAGCACUGGCAAUACUGUAAUUGAAGCUGUAAAGGUUCUACUAGAACAUGGAGUUCAACCCAGUGUUAUUAUCCUGCUCAGUCUCUUCUCCACUCCCCAUGGUGCCAAAUCAAUCAUUCAAGAAUUUCCAGAGAUCACAAUUUUAACUACUGAAGUUCAUCCUGUUGCACCUACACAUUUUGGACAGAAAUACUUUGGAACAGACUAAGUUGUUAAAGGAAGAUGAAGUGCUUUGCAUAAUAUUAUGGUUGUAAAUGAAUUUCAUAUUUGUUUUUUAUUAAUUUGUUUGAGAAAUAAUGGAGAAAAUACAUUAGGAAUGCCUUUUAACAUUGGAAGUAGGUAUAGUAACAAGAAAUAUAGGAAGUUUAUGUUUGAUUUGAUCAUUUCUUCCCAUGUGGUACCAAAAUCUACAGUGAAGCACACCCACAGUGCUUAGAAAGAUGGAAAUUGUAAUCAUCUGCUCAUGGAACUCACUGAACCCUCACUCAGUGCAUGCAAACUGUCGAACUUGUGACCCUCUUGGUUUGGAGGUUGCUUGCAGCUGCAAAGAAACCCAAACUAGAGUUAGUUCUUUGGCCUGCUGCAGUUUACAUUUGCUUUACUGUGCUUUUAGCUCUAGGAUGUUUUUCUGUAUGUGGCUGUUGUCGUCCUCCGUACUCUUAGACUUCCUUGUACUAUAUGCACAGGUAUCUUGGAAAAGAGAGAACAAGAAUAUAUCCUGGAAUUUUAUAUUGCCGUUAAUGUCCUCACUUACUUUUCAGAUCCAGGAUGUCUGGUUAACUCUUCAGAAAAACUGUUGUGUUCCUUAUAUAGAUCAUUCCCCAAACUGGGGGUUGAGGGAAGGUGCUUGCCAAACUGUAAUACAGUGAGAACGUUGGCAGGGCCUUGACAGUUUCUGGAUCUGUAACAUGGAUGAAUGUACAGGGACCGAAUCAUGGAUGCCUGAUGCUGACAAGAGAGAGCUACAUCAGCCCUGCACAGGGAAUUGGGAUUCUUUCCGAGGUGUGCAGGAAAGUGUAGAGGCUUUGCUGCCUCUUAUUUGUGGCCAAUAAGUAAAUCAGCACAGUUCUUUUUAUUUAGUUGCUUCUACUAGUUGUUUUCGGUUUGGAGCUUAGUUAUUUUGCAUGGUUUACAGCUAUAGCUAUAUUAAAGUAGAGGGAAAAAAACCAAUGUUCUUUAAAAAUAUCUGAGGUUUGUAUGUGCUUAUAUCUUCGCUUCUGAAAGGGAGAGAAACAAUAUGAAACUCAAUCUUUGCACUUUUGAAAUGUGCUUGUAAAACCCCAUCCCAUUUUACGUUGAUGUUAAAACUUUUGACUGUGGCUUCUACGUGAUUACUUGCAUAAUUACAUGCUCAUGGCCCCACAGACAGCUGCUGUGGGGUUCUGUUCAAAAGCAUACAAUUGAGCAGAAGGUAGAUUCUUAAGAGAGAGCUAAAACUGAAAAAACAAAUCAGUGAGGGUCAGGGAAGGAAAGCACCCUUGAGUUGACUGACUGGAUUUUACCUUGGGAUCCUAGACUACUAGGGUUCACUGUACUUUUACUUUUGCUGUUGUUGUUGUUGUUUGUUUGAGUCAGGGUUUCUCUCUGGUAGCCCUGGCUGU